GGCACCGGCCGGAAAUACACAACCAGCGGACCGGAAACGAGCGGGAUCGGCAGCGCGGGAGGAGUUAAAGUUCAAAUCGGACAGGUCCCUGGUCCCAGCUCCCACUCCUCCUGCUGCUGAAAACAGAAAUGGAGGGCUCUGACACCUGAGAUCUUGCUGCUAACACCAUGCUCCCUACGCACCAGUGAACUGGUAAACAAUGCCUUUCUCAGACUUUGUUCUGGCCCUGAAAGAUAACCCAUACUUUGGGGCUGGUUUUGGCCUGGUCGGGGUAGGAACAGCCCUAGCGCUGGCUCGCAAAGGGGCGCAGUUUGGGAUGGUCGCCUUCAGGAGGCACUGUAUGAUCACGCUGGAGGUGACCAGUCGAGACAAGAGCUACCACUGGUUACUCAACUGGAUCACGCACCAUGCCAAACGGACGCAGCACCUUAGUGUUGAGACAUCCUACCUCCAACACGAGAGCGGCAGAAUCAGCACAACCUUCGACUUUGUUCCCAGCCCAGGAAACCACUUCAUCUGGUACAAGAGCAAAUGGCUUCGGGUGGAGAGAAACCGGGAGAAGCAGAUGAUCGACCUGCACACAGGUACCCCGUGGGAGACCGUCACCCUCACCUCGUUGGGCAGUAACCGCCAGGUCUUCUUUGAUAUUUUAAGGGAAGCAAAGGACCUGGCUCUGAAGCAGCGGGAAGGUAAAACGGUGAUGUAUACUGCCAUGGGAGCAGAAUGGCGACCAUUUGGAUUCCCGAGGCGCAGGCGGCCCCUGGAUUCUGUCGUGCUGGAUAAAGGAAUCUCGGAGAGCAUUGUCCGUGACGUCAAGGAUUUCAUCGGGAAUCCCAAGUGGUACACAGACCGGGGGAUUCCUUACCGACGUGGGUAUUUGUUGUAUGGCCCGCCUGGAUGUGGGAAAAGUAGUUUCAUCACAGCGCUGGCUGGCGAGCUGGAAUACAGCAUCUGCCUGAUGAGCCUGAGUGACAGGAGCCUGACUGAUGACCGACUCAAUCACCUGCUCAGCGUGGCGCCCCAGCAGAGCAUCGUCCUAUUGGAGGAUGUGGAUGCGGCCUUCGUCAACCGGGACUUGGCCAAAGAAAACCCUACGAGGUAUGAAGGAAUGGGCCGUCUGACAUUCAGCGGUUUGCUAAACGCACUCGAUGGUGUGGCCUCUGCUGAGGCAAGGCUCGUGUUCAUGACCACUAACCACCUGGACAGGCUGGAUCCUGCUCUGAUCCGUCCAGGGCGAGUGGACCACAAGCAGUUUGUUGGUUACUGCUCCCACUGGCAGCUCUCCCAGAUGUUCCAACGGUUCUACCCAGAGCAGCCAGCAGCGAGGGCAGAGGAGUUUGCAGACAGAGCACUGGCUGUCUCUGCCACCAUCAGUGCUGCCCAGGUACAGGGGCACUUCUUACUGUACAAACUGGAACCUCUCCAAGCCAAUGAGAAUGUCAAGCGUAUCAUCAUGUAAAUGCCAGGAAGGAGGGGAGGAAAGGGGCCCAGGUGGCCCAGCACUGAACAACUAGACUCUAUUUAAAAGAAUAAAAUCUAAACGUGA